CUCAUUUCUGGAGCUGAAACUCAAGGGUGUGGUGACUCCGAGACUCCACGUCCCUCAACACAUCACCGGCGUACGCAUUGUAUCCUCAAUUAAUACACCUUGUCCCACAACAAGAACUACUCUUUCGGUCGCACUCUUGGCCAGGGCGGGGGUUGCUCAGACCGAAAGAGUCUGUAUAUCCACCAUGACGCAGACCCCGAACGGCAAGUCUGCAGGAGGCGUCCUGCAAAUCCCGGUGGCUGCGACUCAGAAGAAUGCUUCUGCGACAACUAAAAAAGCUCCCAAGCCUCCAGCGCCGCGACUGAAGCUCAUCAUCAGACGGCUUCCGCCAGGGUUGACCAAAGCCGAAUUCGAGACAGCUCUCGGCCCCGAAUGGAGGACCGGAGCUGGAAAGGUCGAUUGGUUCCUCUACAAGCUGGGGAAAGUGUCCAAAGAUCCAGCCAAACCUUCUCGGCCCUCGCGAGCCUACAUCCACGUCGUUUCGAACGAUUAUACUCUGCCGCUUUCCACUCAGGUUCGCCAAACGUCCUUCCAGGAUGCGCGCAACACUUUCAAUGACCCUGUGCUGCUGGGACCACCCUCGUUGGAGUUUGCGCCGUUCGCCAAGAUCCCCGGCAGUCGUUCGCGCAAGGAUGCUCGCCAGGGAACUAUUGAUCAGGAUCCCGAUUUCAUCGCCUUCCUCGAGAGUCUUACCCAGCCCAUAACGAAGCCAGCUGCAAUUGACUCGGCCGCCGAUGCGGAGGACAAGAAAGAUUCGGUGACUAUUACGCCCUUGGUUCAAUACAUCAAGGAUAAGAAGGCCAACAAAGCUAAGGAGUCCAACAAGUCUUCCCGCCACAAGUCAGACAAGGAUUCGAAGUCGGAGAAGGUCCAGGCAAAGAAGCUGCUCCAACGGCCCGAUAAAGACUCUGCUCAGCCGGCCGCUGCAGAGAAGUCGGAUAGGAGGAGCAGGUCCGACAGAGCUACCAAGGAAGCUGUGAAGGUGGCGAACAAGCAGGCCGCUAGUGUCGCAUCCAAGCAGGCUGCAAAGUCGUCCGCCUCUAAGGACACUCCCAAGGACGCACCCCAGCCAUCAACCGAACGGAAGAGGGAACGUGGUAAUAUCUCUGCUGCUGCCAAGAUUCUCCAGCGCGAUCUUGGAUUAGCUCCAUCCGGCGGCCGUCGACGCGGCGGGAAGGGUGCCUCUGUGGAUUCCGACGCCGCGAAGAACGAACAAGUCAACGCCGCAACCCCCGAACCGCCAAAGAAGGAGGCUUCCAGCAGGUCGUCGAAGGGUGCCAAUUCUUCGCAGAACUCCAGGGGUCGGGAUCGUGGCCACGCUCAGCAACAACCCAACGAGCCAUCGGAAGCGGGCACACCUCCCGUCAGCACAACCCCGAAACCUUCCAAGCCCGCCAAAGGAAAACAAGCAGCGGCCGGCCCGGCAGCCACCGCCACCCAAGCCUUCCUGAAGCACGCCAACCCGUCCCAAGGUGUCACUGAGCCAUUGCUGGAAACUGCAUUCGCUCCUUUUGGUAAAGUCCUGAAGGUUGAAAUCGACAAGAAGAAGGGCUUCGGCUAUGUCGAUUUCGCUGAGCCAGACGGACUCCAGAAAGCCAUUGCUGCAAGCCCCGUCACAGUCGCCCAGAGUCAGGUGGUUGUGUUGGAGAGAAAAGCAAACCCCGGCGGCGAGAAGGGUCGCGGAAAAGGUCGUGCGGGUGAAUCGCAGCAGUCUACUGCGGGAGGCAACGCCAAUAACACCCGGGGCGAGAAGGCCACCGAGGGCAGAUCCGGAGGAAACUCAUCCCGAGGACCGCGUGGUGGUCGAGGCUCCAAGGGCAAAGGCGGCUCGAAGGGUAACGGCGGCGGCAAUGCGAAUACCAACGCCGGAAACACUUCUGAGAACAAGGGAAAUGCGGAUGGCAAGUAAGAGGCGAAGGGUGUGCUGUACUCGAUUGCAAAGAUCAUCUAGAGCGAUAGCGUCUCGAUGUUGGGUAACGCGCAUGAGUCUCCCAGAUCACGCAUGCAGCGGAAUCACGCAUGGACGACUCGCUUUCUGGGCGGGACAUUCAACCUGUUCACAUGCACAGAGCAUCUGGCGCUAAGUAUCUAUCACACCUGAUCCAUCAGGAUGGGAUACCGGAGCCCCCUCAGCAUGCACCACACACACACACACAUACGGCAUCAGCCCUUGCCGGCCUUGGGACGUGAGAAGUUGCUGUCUACAGCCAUGAUAUCCGCCAACCAGAGGCUAUCUAUCUACUCGGUAAGCUGCAGUGGUUACCAUGGACACAACCUCUCCUGGCGAAGCUUGUUCUAUAUAAGCAAACUGCUUUGGCUCAGAGGGAAACGAUCCGAUAUGACAUCAACACACUGCAGUGUUCUUAUUUGC